AAUGCACGUUUCCACCGAGGUGGGAGGGCACCUGGUUCCAGAGCGGGGUCACCCAUCCGAUCGUGAUUUCGAGGAACGAGCUGUCCGGCAAGGGCAGGUGUCUGCACAACGAGGGCGACAAGUUCCUUUUGGUGAACCAAAAAUCCUGCUACCGUUGCGUCGUCAUUCACGAGAAGCACUCGAACGUUCUCCAGUACAAAGAAACUUACUGUAACAGUAGAAGCUCCCUGGCAUCCCUGUGCUCGUCCAUCACGGGGGAUGCGCUUCUCUAUUCGAUGUUCCGCGAGGAGGCGACACCCGUGCCGUGCCCUUUCCGGGGUCCCAUGACCUUCUCCUACAAUCGAGGCCACGGGACCUGCUCGGUGCCCGUCAGCAACGUCGACACCUGCACCGACGACAGCAGAUUGCUCUUCAGAUACCAGGCGUGCCCCGACAUUCCCGCCUCGGAGAGCGCAGUGGAGGAGCUGGAAUGCCUGGCCACCUGGAAGGAGGGCAGCAGCCGCUACCUGGUCGGCCGUUUACAUCACGGACACGCGUCCAGUAACGAAGAUCGAUACCGAUGCUUCGUCUACGAGAAGGCCGGGCAGACAGUGCAGGGUAAUCUGCACAGAGCUGCCAUGGGCAUGGGAGCCAUGGAUCAUGAUGUCGGUUUACAGAGCGGACCGGUGCCGGAGGGUGCGGCCGAGAUAUACCGGGUAGCGCAGAGCGGAGACGCCACGUGCAACGGCCUGUUCAGCCCCAUGGAGGGAUCGCGGACCAUGACUCUCAUGAAAGUCUCGCCGCCCGGCCAGUGCCGAUUUCCCAAUUGGUUGACCGGCCAUUCCAGCGGCGGACUGACCUGGCACACCCUCGAUCUGACCAGGUCUUACACGUUCCACCCGAGGAACGCGUCCCUACACGUGACCAGAUCGAACACCAGCUCCUCGAGGUUCGAGACCGGCCCCCUGGACGGACAAUACGUGCCCGGCCAGGAGGACCAGGACGUGAAGAUCCUCUGCAACAGCAUCAAGCAGACAAACGCCGCGCAGGCGAUGACGAUGACCAUGCUCGUCGCGCACUUCACCGUCGGAUGCCGGAGCGGCUUCAUGUGCAUGUCGUUCUACCGAAGGGACGGUCACGUCGUCGAGGUGCAGACCGGAAGCGCCGUUUCCAGGCCGGAGGAAGCUUGCAGCCCGCCGCAUUUCCAGCAGCACAAUAUACCCUUCCUCACAUUAGUCACGAGCUCGCCGGAGCCCCGUACGUGCCCUUACCUGGGCAAGUUCACGGUGACCGGGGUGAACCGGAACCAGCGGAACAUCCGCGAGAGCCGGCGGAACCAGCACCAGGACGGGGUCAGGCGGGACAGGGAGAAGGUGCGGCACGCGCAGGAGCGCACGCAGGACGACCGGCGCGGCAGGAAGCUCGACUUCGACGUGGAGAAGCGUCGGGCGAACAACGAGUACCUGGUGCACGAGAGGAUGGGCAGGCGAGCCAGGUCGAACCGGAACAACAGGGUUCACCGGGACCACAGCCUCGAGGAGGCCUCCUCGAAGCGGUCACUGGACAUCGAGGACCUCCUCUGGGACCAUUCCAGGUCCAAGCUCAGGUGGUCCGAGGAGCAACGCUCCGGCGACACCCCGGCCAGGUCAAAGACCAGAAAACCUCACGACCUUGAGAAGCGUUCGACGAGAACCGAGGCGGACGUGGAGGACAGAUCCAGGAGGAGUCCCAAGAUGGAGGACUUCCGAGUGGACGCGGACGACUUCGCGAGGAUCAGACAGUUCUGGACCACCGACUUCGAGGACUCCGACGGGUCCAGCAUCUUGGAGGUCCAGGAGGAUUACUUCGGCGACUACCCCGACACCGCGGACCUGCCCAAGAAGAGGUCCGGCAGGAACUACCGGCAGAUGACGUACAAGGAUCUGUCGAGGGCGAGGAGGGACAUCCAGGAGACCUAUCCCGAAGACGAGUCCUUGGAGAAGAGGGAGAAGAGGGAGGAGGACGUCUCCAGGUGCAGCUCGGAGGUGACCACCAUAACCAUCGGAUGCUCCACCGCCGACAGGAUGGAGUUCCAGACGGACUGCGUCGACGAGAACGCUAUCGCGUACUCCUGCCACGGUAGGUGGUUCGACGCGGAGGGCACCCAAUUCGUGAUCGCCACCCAGCUGGCGCCCGGCACGGCCUGGACCAGCGAGAACAACAGACCCCAGCCCUACAGGAACAGCCGAAGAUUGUGCUUCAUGUACAAAGAGAGCGGAGGAGUUGUCAGCUUGACUGCCAGCGAGGUGGCCUGCCAAAGGGGAAUACCUCCGCCCCCGCCGAUGUUGGCCUUCAACGCUACCAGUACCGGCCAAUGCAUGGAAGAGAACAGGAGCGCCGUCGCUCGGUCGACGUACCUCCUGGUCGUCAGCCUGACGGCGAUCGUCGCGAUAUACAGGUGAUUCUAAUCGAAUCGGGCGACGAUCUCACGACCGUUAAAUCGACGUUUGUAAUCUACAUUACUGGACACCGUGUGCGGUGACGAAUGAAACGAGGGAUGGUACACGUGUAUAAUACAAAAAAAGUACAUAUAUAUAUAAAUAUAUAUAUAAAUAUUAUAUAUAUAUAUAUACAAACCUUCGUCGCGAAUCACACCGAGGAAGAAGAUCGGUCGACCGAUGAGCGAGGAAGGGACAAGAGAAAAAAAAAGAAGGGAAAACCGGAGGAAUCGAUUCUUCGGCGGCGAAACGCUCGCGUCCGUAGCUCCAGCUAGCUUCUCCGGUUCGUCGUGGGAGGAUUCGUGCUCGCCGGGUUACCGGGACGCCAGGGAAACACAGAAAUCGAUGAGAAUCCUUAAGAACAUUGAAAAACCUGAGCCUCCAACGAAGCAAUCGUUGCUGAUUCCAUCUCCUAAAGAGAUUCGUCUCUCAUAUAAACAGAAAAUACUCAGAAAAGCCAAAUUUCUGAUUUCUCCCACGCCUAAGUCCCUUAUACACGUUGAAACGUAACGAUCGACGCGAUCGAUGGGUUUCAGCCUGCAAGGUGCAUCGUGAAACCUCGAAGACUGAAACCCAUCGCUUCCAGCGUCGCCUGUCGCGAGUUUCAACUUGCUUGGUCGUUUGAGUGUCCUCGCGAGUCCCAUAGAUAAGUGCCAGAUCACUUCUUUCGUUUCACCUCGGAAACUGAGUUACGCUUCUCUAUGUUCUAGGACGAUUUUGAACGGCGAGGGUUCAUUUCCCUAUUUCUGAACGGAUGAUAAAAGGAAAACACGCGAACAAACUGAAUUUGAUUGUACGAAUCGGCACUUUUAGGCGACGUAACGGAGAACGCUUGCCACUCAAACGGUUAAGGGGGGAUCCUCCUCGGGACGGGCAGGGGAAAUCAGGCGCAGGACCGGAUGGAUCCUUUUCCCAGAGCCGAGGGCCUUCUCGAAGGGAAUUUCCUCGAGAGAUUCGCUCCUCGUCGCGACGGGAGGGGGCUGGAACUCCGAUUUCGUUGCCGGGACACCGGUCCGAUCGUCGAGCACGGAUCUUCCAGCGGCCAGUAGGUUUUUUACCGACGUAGCUCGUAGGCACUAGCUAAUUAAAGAGUCAAGCGGAAGCUGACGAGGUGGCGGACGAGUUUCCACGGCUGGACCUCAUAUCACGGGGCCGAGAGAUCGCGGCGCAACUCGAUUCGGAUUUUCCAGGGCACCGACACGGUGAAACGGGACCGACGCGGCGGCCACCCCCGCGAACACGCCCGACGAUAGCGACGCACCUUGUUCGGUGGACAAGGUGAACGAUACAUCGACACGGUCACUGCCUUUUAACCCUUUGCACUCGGGGAUUUCAGUACGCUCGAAAUCCCACCUGAGAAGCGACCUCCGAGUGCGAAGGGUUAAACACUCAAUUGCGACGCUAACUUGCCGAAAGUUAGUCAGCAUUAACAUGUCGCGAAAUAUUCAUUAGUUGACGUGGAAUCUUAGAGGAUUGUUUUAAUUUUAAGGGGACGGUUUCUAUUCGGCAAAUGUUUCUCGAGUGAUCGUUAUCUUCUUUGUAAUUAUCGUCUGUAAUUGAGUCGCUCGGAGGUUAAUUCGGUUAAGUAGAUUUUUUGAUAUUUGACUUUUGUUUUUAAUGGAUAAGUAAUAUUCUUUUUGGUUAUUGAAGGAUUACCUCGUUUUUUCUAGAGCAGGAAGUUUUUAUAACUUCUGAAUAUGUUGCGAAAUUAUUUCAGAAGCUGAAACAUUAAUUUUUUCAAUUUUCCUUUUCCGGGCUUAACUGCAUUGACGUUUGAACGACUCAAUUAUGGAUUGUAAUUAUUCCGUUUUAAUCCUACGAUUAUAAUGAUACAUUCAUACUGUAAUGAUAUCAUUGUUCAUUUUCCUCGUGUACUUCGAACGAAUUGAAUUGAACCUUUGUUCUCCUGGAUCUUGUCGCGGAUCGGAACAUCGAGGAUUUCGUAAGUUUUAAUUGGAUCACGGUUCGCACGCGUUUCUGCCGUACUGUCCGAUGUUCCGCGCGGGAAAAAUAUCGAAGAAAGUUCGACGCUUCGGGCUCGCCGGAAUUCCGUUGUAUUCUUCGGUGAGAAUGUAACGAGAGAUCGAUUCGAUGGGACGGGCUGCUCCGCACGAUGACCUAUAAAACAAUUUGACUUGCCUUCGACCUUUGUCGCUGUGUCUGUUGCGCGAGAAGUAAUUUGAUCUAGCGAGCGAUAGUCUCUUUAACGCGCUACUUUCAUUACUUUCGGUACGGUCUAAAUUCUUCUAAAAAUUUCACCGUCAUAAUUAUACUCCGGAUCUUAUGCAAAUUCUCGCUAUUAGAAGCUGUUUCGCGGAACGUAGAGCAAAGGAAACUUUUCUUUCGCCGGCUAGAGCAUCCUUUGAUAGAAACGAAGUAAGGUAUUAUAAACUUUCGUUAUUAAACCCGUUGCCUUGUAUUUUACACAUUUGCACGCGUUAUACGCGCAUGAAUAUCCUCGAUCUAAUCGUGAUACACGAAAGAUCUCAACGAAGAACACUGUACCGAGUCUGAAGGAUUAACGCGAAUUUGAUAGAAUGUUACUUAAAAAUUGUUAACUCAGAUUUAACCCCUUGCACUCCGAGCAAAUUUUUAAUAGGACCUUUCGCAACUCCAGAAGUAUUUACAAGUGCGUGCCUCUCUGAACAAUGCAAAAAACGCGUGUAUACGUUGAAGUUAUGUUUCCUGAUGAUUCUUAUCAUUAACUUAUCCAUUAAAGUUAUAUAUCCUACAAUAUCAGCGCAGGUGACAGCGGAGUGCAAAAGGUCAAUUAUCCCCAAACUUCCUCGGUAGACAAAGAAAAUGAAGAUAGUCUCUCGAAACAUCGUGAACGUUAUAUUUCCGGCAACUCGAAAUAUUCAACAGAAAAACCACAUAGGAAUAGGAAGAAAGGCAACGAUUCUCGCAGGCGAAUCGGCGACAGAUUUUCGGACAAUCCGUCGAGCCCGCGGCGAGAUUCGGUUACCGCGGGAAAUAUUAGCGAGCGUAUUAUAGGUUGAUUGCUCUGUAGCUGUUAUGUAACAGCACAAAGGGCUGUUAGCCUCGCUGUAGCUGAACGCUCGCGCCGUCGCUAUUAUAUAAUAGCUGUAAUAGCCGCUGGCUGUAUUAAUAACCGAGUGGGGUCGCGAAUAGAAAGGAAAAGAGGGACGGAGACGGGGCGAGGAGGAGGGGCGGGGCGAUAGUGGAGGGAAAAAGAGGGGAAAAAAAGGAUAUACGCGUUUCAAAGCUUCCGGUUGCCUGCGUUAUUUUUCUAUCGUCACGGUGGAAAGAUCGCAUCGCUACUCUGUGGCGUCCACGAUGUUUCGAGAGGCCGGACAAACGAUCGAUGGGCCGCGGAUUUAUUAAAAAUACACGGGAAACCCUUUGCCGAGCGAAACGCGUUCCGUUCGCGAUCGGGUCGAAUAAUCGUGACGGGCGAAAUUGAAUCGACACCCACGGCGCCGCGGGACAGUGUCAAAACUGAUGCAGAGGUGAUUCCGGCGCAAUACGAUCUGCCCUGUAGCGGGAAUUACUCGGCGGGAAGAACGAGAGGCGCGAGGAAGAACUCGGAACUGGCUUUCAGACUAGUAUCACCGCUCGAUCAUCUAAUCGAAUGAUUCGAGGUCGUUGAAUUGUGGCGAACUUGCUUCUUCGUUGAUGACACUUCUUGCGUCAUUUAGGAUUUUUAGCAUUAUCUAGAUUGCUCGAAGAUUUGAGAUUACUGAAUUUUUUUGUGAGUUCUUUGCGUCAUUUAGAAUUUUUAGCAAUAUCUAGAUUGCUCGAAGAUUUGAGAUUACUGAAUUUUUGGUGAGUUCUUUGCGUUAUUUAGAAUGUUUAGCAUUUAGAUUGAUCGAAGAUUUGAGAUUACUGAAUUUUUUCGUGAGUUCUUUGCGUCAUUUAGAAUUUUUAGCAUAUCUAGAUUGCUCGAAGAUUUGAGAUUACUGAAUUUUUUGGUGAGUCUAGAUUAGAAAUAAAUACCUAUUAUCAUCUCUAUUACUCGUCGUUGCAAUAAUUCAUCGUAUCAUCGAAAGAAUGAAGUUUCGUUUGUAGAAUUUUCAAGGGAUCUUGAGCGCAGAGGAAUGUUGGUUUUUGUUUCGUUUAACAUCGAACCGCGCUCGAAUCGUUGGGUUGCCAGAACGUUUGCUCGGUAACUGCGCGCGACGUUAAUAAUUUCGUGUCUUAAAAGUACGAACCGGAUGAACGUUUGAAUAGUGCAUCCUCUGGGCGUGUUCCCGUUUCCUCGAUGCAUCCGGUUUUCAUUCGACGGCCUUUCGGUUGACAGAUCUUCAUUAAAGUAUCGCUGGAACAGAAACGUAGUCGGUGAAAAUUUCACGCGUGACGAAAUGUCAAUCCGUUUCGGUAAACUAGUUUCCCAUCUCGCGGACAUGUCGUUUAAAGUGCACGCUGAACGCGCGCUCGUCUCGGAAUCAUUUCUUCGAACAUUUUUCCGUAAUUCAAUGGAUCAUCGCGUCGGAUCAGAGACACCGAUACCGCCGGAUUGAACAGCGGAGCACCGGUGGUGGGGCGGAAUCAGUCGAAAUGCGAUCUGAUUACGCAUUACCGAUAACAAUUCAAACGUAAUAAUUAAUUUCAAUUAGUUUCGAGUUACUUUCUGCAGUCGUUAACCGUCGCUGACCUACAAUCGCGAUCGAUCCGCAGCGAUUUGUAAUUAAUACGAUGUGGAUUUUAUCCGUUCGCAGCAUUCACGAUCUAUUUACGCUCGGUAUUGGUAAAUAUUUGAAACUUGUUUCACGAGUAAUUUAAUGCGGCGUAAUCGGAUCAGAUAUCCCCGGACAAUGAUCGAGGGGAACAAAGGAUCGCGCAAAGGAGGAACCUCGGUAGCCAAACGGCCGGUCGUGUAAAGUGUAAAAUUGUAACAGUGAUGGGUCCUCCGUGCCGUUGCCCCGAGUCACGUCGGACAUUCCCCUUUGACGGUGAGUUACACGUAAAAUCCACAGGCUGAAAUCGCGGUACAAUUCAAACAAAUCCAUAGGAAUCUGUCAAACAAAUCUAUAGAAAGGAAUAACUUCGAAAUAUCGAGUAACAUCUUAAUAACAUCGUAGAAUACUUCAUUUCCGAGAUAAUCACACUCGAAAAUUUGAAACCGACGCGUCCGUUCGUGGCUCACCGUUUCUACUUCUCGUAAUUACUUCGAUUGACGCGUAACUAUCAGAGAAACAAGAUAUUCUACAUUUGCAUUCGCAUAAUUUAACCAAAAUCGACUGCAACUGCUACCAAAUAAUGUUUCAAGAAUUCAGUAUCCGUCAAAUUGACAGGUUCCAUAAAUCUCUGUUAACCCUUAGCACUCCAGAUGGUUUCGCAAUCUAUCAGUAACUGCAACUAAUUUUUAUAGUAUCCCUAGUGAA